GCAUAGAGCGGUACCAGCAGCGGCAACAGCAUGGGAUUUCCGAUGGACGCGCUACCAGGAUAGAAGGAUAGGGUUCGACCGGCGAAUAUAAAAGGGAGGCCCUUCUCCGGGACUCCCAGGUUCUCACCAUCACAUCAGCAACAGUCUUAUUUCGCAGCAAUCGCAUUCUCUUUCGUACUCCGCACAUCACAGUACCCUCGUUCUCUGAAGAUGUACGCCUCCCUCGCCCUCCUGGCCCCUCUCUUGGCCACUCUCGUCGCUGCCGCGCCAGCUGCUCCGGCUACUGCUGCUGCCUCUGCCCCUGCCACGCCUAGCUGCGUAGCCGACUGGACUAUUUACCAGAACAAGGACCUGAAGGACCUCGGAGACCUCAAGUCCCACCCCGCUUAUAAGAAGAAGUUCAACAGCGCCUGCGAAUGUGGCAACGCAGUGAACGCAGUUACAUCGCCCGAGGCCGCCUUCUUUGUCUGGAACACCUCCACCAAGGAGUGCUUCCCCAAGGGGAUGACUCCUUUCGACCAAGAAAAUGAACAGAUCCUCAGCCUCGGCUGGCAGACCAGCGCUAACUCUAUCCCAGCUCAACGAGGUCUUCUGGGCACCGAUGCUCAGCUCGCCAAGGUCUGUAAGCCCAAGUUCCGUGUGCCUGGAGACUGGAGCAACACAUUCACCGCUUGCAGCGAAAUCUGCAAGAACAACUAUGGGAUUGAGGGCUGCGACUUUGCCAUCACCGUGGCGGGCCACGCCGGCCAAACCUGGUGCGACCUCUGCAGCUACGGCACCAACCAAGGGCAGGUGCUCGGAGCUCGCACCAAAUGGUAGAGCUUUUCAUCUGCCCGCACUUUAAGUUGUUUGCAUAGCCAUGGUCAUUUGAAAAGAUGUCCUCAUAGUAUAUCCGUCGG